AUGGGUAACAGUCGACUGUGCUCCAGACGCUUUGUACGCAACCUCUUCCUCUCUAUUCGACUUCCGGUAUUUCUGGCUAUCGUACCAGCUCUUCUUGCUCAUAGUUUUGUUUCCUCUGAAUGUCACAGCAGUGCUAGACCCUCCCCCAGUAUGCCACUUCAGUUAGAGAAUGAUGAAAGUGGCCCUCCUUCCAAUGCCUUCGAAAAGGCCUUCCUUAAAAGCUUCGUGCUUACCGAGAAAAUUCAGGACAGUUUCAAUUGGCUUGUCACUAAGUUGGGCCCUCUUGCGACUGCUACUCAGCUAAUCCCUCCUCUUAUAACAACCCUAAUUCACUGUUACUAUGGCCAAGAGGCCCUUUGUCCUGUUGAAAUUGAGGAGAGAGCCACUCGAUUGAAUUAUCGUAUUCCAAAAAGCCCUCUGCCAAUGCCCGUUUAUACCUCUGGACGAAUUCUCGCUGCAGAUAUUCAGGCCCCUGGAAUUUUCAGGUGUCUUGAGAGAAUAUCUUGCCAUUACGGUGUGGAGGUUAUCACCAGUCUUUACCUUCCCUUUGUAAAGUCGUCCGUAGAAUUGGCCUUGCUCACUUUUCAAAGCGGUGAGAAAAUAGUCAAUGAUGCAAAUGCAGGACCUUCUUGGAAUUUUGAAUGUGAGGCACGUCUUAUCGCGUCAUUGGUUUUUCUCCAUCAGUUCGCCUCCUACCUUCCAGCCAACCAGCUCAUGGAUAACCUACAGGAACCAAUAAUAUCGACCUGUUUAACUGGUGCUCUAAAACUGACUGGGCGACUAGAUGUGGGAUUUCCAAGUGGUUCUAUUGGGAGACUGGCGCUCCUUUGUAAAACCCUCGAUUGUAUUUAUAUUCUAGGAGUGCGUUUGGGCUUCGAAAUAGUUCGAAGUCAGAUGACAGAACUUAUUCAACUCCUCUUUUCUCUUUUUGACCGAUCGUUUGGGAGUUUGGAUAAGCCCACCGCACUCCCGAAUCCUGAAUCUGAUAAUCAUAAUAAUAGCUUAAAAUCGGAAACAAAUCUUAUCCAUGAACCACAAAAUCAAUCGUCUUCCCUCUUUGUCGUUAAGUUGGAUCGGCAUACAUCCUCACUUAGUGUUGCCAAGCAGGGUUCUCCAGUUGCCUCUAAGGAAUCUCUAUCUAGCUCAACCCAUCUACAAGAAUCCAACCAUGUGACAGGAAUUACUGCUUCAAUGGACAAGAAACCAGUCGAACAGUCACAAGAAUUUACUUCUUGGCAAAGGCCUUCUUGCCUAGAAGAACUCAAAUUGACCUUCACCCCGGAAAUGGCUUACAGGGCAUAUAUCCCUCUUUGUCGUCUUGCGGGAGGAAGUCACAUCGAAUCAAAUCUCUAUAAUAUUGAUCAUAUCCUCACUCUAACGAAGCAAUACGAAGACACAAUGCAGAAAUGGAAUGAAAGAAGAAGCUUUGGCAACGUCGCUAAUCCACAUCUCAAAGUAAAUGCUGACUAUGAGGCUAAGCUAGCUGCCAACACAUCUGUAAGCAAACCUGCACCUACUCACCUAAAUGGUGAAUGGAUAACAUACUUCCGGUCUAAAGUUCGAAUUCCUUCUUCGUCUUUUACCCCAACCCUUCAGAACUUCAAACUUCACAAUAAAUGUCUUUUAUCUUUCACAGGCCACAACGGAGCGAUUCGAAGUAUAACGGCCCUGCCUACUAAUAAUAGUUUCAUCACAACUAGCAAUGAUAGAAAUGUUAAUCUAUACUCUCUUACCUCUGCUCGAGAGGUUUUCAUGCGCCGAUCCUCCCGUCGUACCAUUUCAGAAAGUGAUAAAGACGUUUCUCCUCAUCGAUUUCCUAAAGGAUUGGGAGGUGUGGUAUCCCCUCCCUUUUCUGAAUCAUCGUCUUUCAUCACACCCGCAUUUACCUUCCCUGGUCAUUGUCGUGCAGUCCUUGGUGCUGCCUAUCUCGAUUUUGAUCGCCUUGUUGCGUCAAUGGAUGCUUCACUCCUAUUGUUAUGGGAUCCUGUAACAGGCCAGAAAGUGGCGGCCUUUGCCCCGUCGGAAAAUUCGGAGGAGGUGGGAGUAGGUGGAGGGAGACCUUGUGUGGUCCGUGGAACGUCAUCCAGUCAUCUUCCUGCUAGGUUGACCGCCUUGUCUUCUUCAUCGUUAUUUCGCAGCACAAUUCUCGCCGGUGAUGAAGCUGGGUGUCUCCUUGUCAUCGAUCAAAGAACUGAUAAUAGGCGUACGGCUGAAAUACUUCGUUUUACGGCUGCCAUGCCAAUCACUAAUGAACCGAUAGUCAUUAACAGUGAAGCCCCGCCUCGAUUUGGCAGAUCAAGUAUGCCCCUUGGAAAGCCUAGUCUUGAAAAUCUUCCAGAUAAGUAUACACUAAACUCUCCAGGAGCUCUGAAAUGCAUUACCUCAAGCCCAGAGUCUAGUGGAAUUGUUAUAUGCGGUUUCUCUUCGGGCUACAUCUCCCAAUUCGACAUUAGAGCUGGUAGCGUGGUGGCCAAUUGGCGUGGACAUUCAGAUUCUAUUUUCUCUCAUUCUUCUGGAUGGAUUUCUACCAUAUCCUCAGAUCGAAGUGUCGGUUUUUGGCAUUUAAGCAACCCAAUAUCUCUCGAUUAUAUUCGGGUUGCUCCACCAUUUAGUGCCAAUGGUUUGGUUUCCUGCGCUUGUCAACCCCUGCAAGACUCCCUACUUAUCGCCGGUUUACCCGUUAUUGCUUCUUCUAGUGGGGUUACCGGUGAUUCAGCUCCCAUUGUUCCAACCGUCUUAAAAUUCCUUAUUGGUUGCUGUAACGACGUUCCUUUGGCGGCAAGUAGAGAUAUGGUGUCGCCAUUCGAACCCAGUGGAAAGGUAGUUCUUCGCAAUGGCCAGUUGUCUGCGAUGGCGGCGUUGCCUCUUGUAGAAGGACUUCUCACAGGCUCCACUUCUGGACAACUCUGUCUUCACUACUAA